AUGCACUCUCCCAAGAUUAAAAAAAAACUCUCUAGCAAUACACACCAAACUGAGCAUGUGCAGAGUGUCUCCACACGAUAUGUCUUAUCAGGAGAUAAGAGGGGGACACAGGAAGAAGGGGAGGAUCAGAGAAGUCAGGCUCAAACAGCCUUUUUACACAAUUCAGAGGAUUAACCCCUUCCAAAGUGAGUAUAACAAGCAUGUUUUAUUGCCAGGGGCGGACUGACAAUUCAUGGGGGGCCCCGGGCAAUAGGGGAUCAUGGGGCCCCUGUGUCCUUGCCCAAACUCAAAAAAGCCUAU